UUCAUAAAUUAUAACUUGUGUGAAUAAGGUUCCUUCUAUGGACAUAAAUGAAUAAAUAUUUUAUAGAAACCUUCCCUUGCAUUGAUUUAUCAUUUAUAUGAGAAGUGAAUAGCCUUAAGUGAAGGAAGCAUGAAAAGGCACAAAAGGCUAAAAGGAGUCAACAUGCUUACAGGCCACACCUGAACAAUAUUUACAAUAAAAUUAAAGCAUAUUAAAGUUGAACUUGGAGAAACUCUCUCUUUGUUUUUGCAUUUCUCAAGUUUCUGUGUAUCUUAUGUUCAAAUAAAUUGCAGUUAAAUGACAGGUUUAGUAUGGAUAUGACAUCCAUGGUGAUGACAUGAUCUAAAACACAUACAUCCUCUAAUAAAUAAAGCAGGCUCAUAGCAAAAACACACGUAUUGUAUUUCCCUUUGAGAAUUACGGCUAGAUUUUCAAGGUUCUAGGACAGGGUCUUGCUGCAUUGUAUGCAUUCUAUGUAUGAUAAUGUAAAGCUUAUACACUUUGUAUGUAUGCAUGUGUGUGUCAUUAUUAAAUGGCAGAAAACACUGCUUCCCUUCGGCUGCCAAGGGCAUGUUUGUGUAGGGUGUGUCUGAUGAGGAUCAAGACAUGCAAGUUUUCAGAUGUUAUGUCAGAAGUUACAAAAUAAAGAAGGAAACUAGGUAACCAGACGUGAGACCAGUAUAAUACUAUCUUUUAUGGUGCAGUGACAUCUGAGCUGAUUGCUGUUACAAAACAUUGCCAGUGAGGGUGCUAGCAUAAACCAUGUUUUCCAUCAGGAAAUCAUAUCCUACUGAGACAGACAAGAGGAAGUCUAGUGUGGUAGAGGACAGCAAAAAGAAGUCCCUGCUGAAGGACAACAGCUGGAUCAAGAAAGAUGUGAAUGAUGAGAAAACAGUGGACCAAAAUUCAAACUUUGGAAGAACUGUCCUGAGCCGUUUUAGAUCCUCUGAAAAUAUUAGCAGCUCUUCAGAAAAAAUCACCAGCUCCUCCGAAGUUACUGUCACUAGUCCAUCAAGAAAAAAUGUCCUGUCCCUGACUAAAAGAUUCAGUGCAAGUCAGGAUGAGCUGGAUUCAAGCAGGUUUACCACAUCAGUAGAGCCAAAGACAAGCAUUACUUCUACAUCUUUCAAAAAUGGCACGAAGACGACUGUGACCACAAGCAGGAAAAUUCAAACUCCACCAUCAACACCUGUUGAGACAACUACUAAAAGUGUUACCAAGAGAGAGACUGUCACUGUGACUACUUCCAAGGACAACACAGUCCAAGAAAACAUAAAAUCUGUCAAACCAGCACCACCAAUCUCACCCACAAAGACUACCAAGAGAGAGAUUGUCACAGUAACUACUUCUAAGGAUAAAACAGUGCAAGAAGACAACAAAACAGUCAAAUCAGUGAUAACACCCACCUCACCCACCAAGAGUACCAAGACAGAGACCAUCACUGUGACUAAUUUUAGGGACACCAUCAUUCAAGAAGACAGCAAAACGGCCAAGUCGGCGCCACCGAUCUCACCUACCAAGAGUACCAAGACAGAAACUGUCACUGUGACUAAUUUUAAGGACACCAUCGUUCAAGAAGACAGCAAAACGGCCAAGUCGGCGCCACCGAUCUCACCUACCAAGAGUACCAAGACAGAAACUGUCACUGUGACUAAUUUUAAGGACACCAUCGUUCAAGAAGACAGCAAAACAGCCAAGUUGGCGCCACCGAUCUCACCUACCAAGAGUACCAAGACAGAAACUGUCACUGUGACUAAUUUUAAGGACACCAUUGUUCAAGAAGACACCAAAACAUCCAGAUCAGCGCCACCGAUGUCACCCACCAAGAGCAUUACAAGCACAACCUAUACAAGUACUACGCCAACUUCUAAGACAACAUUUGAUACCUUCAGCUCCAAAUCCAGUGCUGAAGACCAGUUAUUUGAUACCCUCAUUCCCACAUCCAUCAAGUCAGCUUAUGUGUCUGACACCAGGAAUGAUAAAAGCAAUGGAACCAGUUCUACAGCCUAUACUAGAAAGUCUUACAAAGACAGCAAGCCUGAAGACUAUAUUUCUGAUACAGUGAUCACCGAAUCUGUGAAGACUGUGUCCUCAGUGUAUGACAGUUAUGAAUAUAGCGGUCAUAGGAGCUCCACAAAAACCUACACAACUUACACUGACAGCAGACCUGAAGAUCUCUCAGACAUCUACACAUCAAGAACUGUUGAAACAGUUUAUAUGUCACCUGAAAGGAAUAUUAUAGAAAGGGAUAUUUGCACAUACUGCCAGAAACCAAUGUUCUCUGAUACGAAGAUGAUUCUAGAGGAUGUGGACAUAAAGUGCCAUGCCAGUUGUUUCAAGUGUGAUGUUUGUCAAAGUCCUCUUGGACACCUUAAGGCAGGGGACAACAUGUGGUUGUACCGCCGCAAUGUGCACUGUGAGGACUGCUUUGAUGCCACCAAGGGUCAAUGGCAUCGCUGAGGACAAAACUACUGCAAAUCCAUGAAGCAUACAGACAUGAAGGAAUUUUACAUGAUGUUAAAAUAGUUUGGUAUGGUGAAGGAAAGCAACACAGUUUUGUAUGCAUAUCAAAAGUACUCACCCAGGGGUUUUAUUAAAAAUAAUUAUUCAUUUAAGAUGCAAAAAAGACAGUUUGGGUGGUGGAUCUGUUGAAAAUGCAUAGCAUAUGGGAGGGAAUCUAUGUCUUUAUUUUAUUUCCUUAUACAUAACGUCAUUGAAUUGUGGAAUACUUAGUUGGUUGUGGAAUAGGGCUAUUUAUUGUACUUUUUAUUAUUUACUAUUUACUGUUUGAUCUCAAACGCAUUAAGAAAGCAAGAAAUUCCACUAAUUAACUUUUGACGAGGCACACUUGUUAAUUGAAAAACAUUCCAGGUGACUGCCUCAUGAAGCUGGGAUGAUGCCAGUAGUGUGCAAAGUGUCAUCAAGGUAAACAGUGGCUACUUUGAAGAAUCUAAAAUAUUAAACAUGUUUUUUUUAACACUU